AUGGGCAUAUCUGAGCUUAACAUUAGCAAUUCCUCUAGUCUCUGUUUCAUUGACCUUUUUGAUUUAUUGAAUCACUCCAGCAAUGCCACCCAAUCGCUGCUUCCUUACAACCAUCGCCUCUUCUCCGACAUAGUUUUAUAUCCCACCCGGCCAAAUCCAGUUUUCCAAUAUUCUGAGUCGCCCCACGAUUCUCACAUUACUUCAGCUUGUUCUUCAGUUCAUAGCGGGCUCAUUUCUCGCCUUCUCCAUGGUCUUGUUGGCCAUAUUACUAAUGAUGAUGACUCAUACUCACAUAUUCGCCCUAAUUGCCUAUCACGGUUAACCAACCUCGUUUGGCGUCAACAUGAAUGUAUCGGGGUUUAUUCUAAAACGCCGGAUUCUGAUACUCUUAAUUUCACUACGUCGAUCUAUCCUCCACAAAGGCUACAAUCAGUUUGUGCGUUAUGGCAAUUACCUUCACAGGCAUAUACUUGCUCUCCAUGCGUGGCUAGUGAUUGCUUACAACCAUCCGAUUUAAUUGCUCGUCGGAUGGCACUUCUUUUUUUUAUCUUGUCCGAUGCUGCUCUUGUGACAGCCAGCGAAUCUUGGAGGCUUUACCUGAUGGAAUCGGUGGGAAACACUGAACAUAACAAUGUAGAUCGUUUGGUCUCAGCACAUCAGCUGUAUUUACCUCACUCUGAGUCAUUUGGCUCUGGAGGCGGCCCCAAAACGGAGCCUCCAUAUGUGGGGCAUAUGGCCCAAACCCCGUUUAGAGAAAUUCUUUCUCUGGUAGGUCGGUUCGUUCUUAUAUUCUAUUAUUAUUAUUUCCUGGGUACUCGAAUAAUUAUAUUGGGUGUCAUUAUAGUGAUAUUUUUAGAAUCAACUCAUUUAAAUUUUAACUGUUUUUAUACGAUACUUCGUAGUGAAUAG